AUGCCUGUCAACUACCUGAUUCUGCUCUCCCGACAGGGCAAAGUGCGCCUCGCCAAGUGGUUCACCACUCUCUCCCCCAAGGAGAAGGCCAAGAUCAUCAAGGAUGUAACCCAGCUGGUGCUGUCCCGCCGGACGCGGAUGUGCAAUUUCCUGGAAUACAAAGACUCGAAAGUCGUCUACCGUCGCUACGCUUCUCUCUUCUUCAUCGCUGGCUGUGCCUCAACGGAUAAUGAGCUGAUCACCCUCGAGGUGGUGCACCGCUACGUCGAGCAGAUGGACAAGUACUACGGCAAUGUCUGCGAGCUGGACAUCAUCUUCAACUUCCAGAAAGCAUACUUUAUUCUUGAUGAGUUAUUGAUUGCGGGGGAAAUGCAAGAGACCAGCAAAAAGAAUGUUCUUCGCUGUAUCAGCCAGCAGGACAGUCUGGAAGAUAUGGAGGUUGAGGAAGAUGUGGUCACCAAGAUCAUGUAA